CUCGUGAAAGUGGGCUUUUGCAUUAUUCUUUCGGGUUUGAAUAGAGAGCCCACACCGGGAACACCCCGCGUCCCCGAGUUUAAACGAAACCCUAAUUCAUCACAAAUUAGGGUUUCAAUCUUCGAUCUCUGAAACUCACAAUCGAUUUUAAAAGUGGUGAUUUUGGCGGCAAUGCUCACUUUCAGAACCCUAUUACAACCUCAAUUACGGAUUUUCCUCAUUCCCUGGGUCAAGAAAAGUUCAAUAGCAUGCUCGAAAAGCAGAGAUUACGGGUCCUCAGGUCCCGUUAGAUACAUUCCUAAGAAAUCUUCUAAGAUUAACAAAUUGGAAAAUGACCAGCUACCUAAAGAUUCCAAAAAGAAAGAAGAUUGCAAACUUUCAGAUACAAGUGCAUUGGUGAAUGAGAUAAGAUAUGGUGGAAGUGGAGAAGAGAAAAAUAUUUAUUUUGGUGAGAAGCCUCGAUAUAAAAGAAGGCCUGCUAGUAGCUUGCCGUUUAGUGUUUCUGAAAAAGGUCAAGUUGAUCAUGAUCCUGGAGCUAUGGGUUAUGAACUCAUUGAAGAGCCGGAGCUGGUUAUUGAAGAGUUGGAAAGUCACCAAAAGAAACAUCAUGAUCAGGAUGUGUUACAAUCUGUUAAAUCUAAGCAUGAUGCUGAAAAUUUGGCAAUAAAGUUACUUGCAACAAGGGCUUUCACUGCAGUUGAACUAAAGAAGAAAUUGCACGGACAAAGAUUCUCCGAAAAUAUAAUUGAGUCAGUGAUAAAUGACUUCCAGAGCAGAGGGUUAAUCAAUGAUGGCUUGUAUGCGGAAGCAUUUUGUCGUUCGAGAUGGUCUUCCUCAAGUUGGGGACCAAAGCGGAUCAAGCAAGCACUUUACCAGAAGGGAGUAAGUGAAGUUGAAGCAGAGAAGGCAAUAAAGCUGGUUUUUCAGGAUGAAGAAUGUGGUGAAGAUGGCAAGUCAAGUCAUGGGUUGUCAAAGCUCUCAAUGGAUCAUUUAUUUGUUCAGGCCUCAAAGCAAUGGCUCAGAGGUCAAGAUGCACCUAAAGAAACAAGGAAAUCACGAAUUAUUCGAUGGCUGCAAUAUCGCGGGUUUCAUUGGGAAGUUAUCAGCUCCAUAGUAAAGAAGUUAGAAUCUGAAUUUCCUCCCUAGUGCACAUUAAGCCAUUUCAUCCUCAAGGCAUGUAAGAACAAAGUUUUAUGGGUCCACGACCACCAAUUGAAAUGUAAAUUUGUGUAAUCUGGAUCAGUUUGGGGUAUAUGUUAUUGCACAUAACAAUUGCUGUGGCCAGAAAAUUAGUAGCUUGAAGCCCAUGUCAGAGCCAAACUUUUAUUGCGGCUUCAGCUGGCAGCAUCUAGUUUAGGUGGGAUGAGCCCUACCAUACCAAGGACACUACUCUAAGACAAAGCAAGUGGGCGUUGCUUAGAUUCUGCUGAAAUCACAUUUUUCUUACCGAUAGUAAAAGUUCACAUGCAUUCUUGCUUGUGUUCAUUUACUUGUUGCCUGUAGUUAGCCAAAAAAAAAAAAAAAGAAGAAAAAAAAAAAGGCUGGUUCAAUCUGAAAGUCUGUGAAUUCUAAAUGAUUGAUCAUCAACAAGGGUACUCUUUCUGGUCAUUGAUCACCAUA